AUGGAAGUCACAAUAAUUUUUAUCGUUCGCAGUUCUGAAUAACUAGAUGUUAAUCGACAUAAUUUGUAUCGAAUCUCUGUCUCUCUUUCAAGUUUUUUUUCUUCCAUAUUAACAAUCACAAUCCUUCAAGGUCGUUAACUGUCAUCAUCAUCAUCUUCUUCUUCAUCAUUAUCAUCAUCAUUAUAUACUCUUACCAUUUAACAGGUAGUACAAUAAACAAUUCACCGUCGUCUUAAUUACCAUCAUUUAAUGUAUAAGGUUCAAUUCUAGUAGUUGAAUCAAAAGUAACAAUACCAUUGUAACAACGAUAAUCAUCAUAAUAAUUAACUAAUUGUGCCAACAAAAAUCAUCAUCAUCCCUUAUCAUCAUCAUCAUCGUCAUCAUCACAUUGUAACAUUGUCGUUGGUUGUGUAAACCAAAUAACGACAAAAUCGAGAGACAACAAUAUUAAUAUUAAUCAACGAUUGAAACUUUUUCUGUUCCAUUUAUAAUUUUUAUCCAUCAUCAUUCAUAAUCCUAAUCCUGAUCAUCAUCAUCACCGAUUGUGUUUUUUUUGUUACUUUUCUCAUCUCAUUGACCCUAAUACAAAGUUCAAAAAAUUGUACUUUCAUUACAAUACAAUUAAUUUGUCUUGUUCCCAAUUGUUUAACUUUGUUUUUCCAAUUACAGUUUAUUAAUUGUCGGUUUAAUCAUCAUUAGAAAUAACCAACUAUGGAUGAUCUGUCAAACAAUCGGAUUAAAUUUUUUCGCACAGCGUUGGUCUACCUGUCAUUCCUUGGCAUCGGCUCAGGGAUGACAGUUUUGGGCUCAUCAAUUCUGGACUUGGAGAUACAAGUCCAAGAACCAUACGAAGCCGUGGCUCGAGUUAUCCCGAUUCGAGCUGCAGGUCUAGUGGUUGGAUAUUUUUUCGCUGGUCUGAUCGGUGAACGGAUGAAUCCUCAGGUAUUGAUGUUUCUAACCAAUAUAUUUGCUGGAAUAACCUUUAUAUCAGCUCCAUGGAAUCAUCAUCUAACCGGAUUAAUGAUUGAUUUCUUUCUCAGUGGUGUCUUUCUAGCAGCUAAUAAAGUUUGUUGUAAUCAGUUUAUCUUUUCAAUUUGGGGCGAUAAGAGUCCCCUGUACAUUCAAUUUCUUUACAUGUGCUACGAUCUUGGGUCAUUUUUAGCUCCAUUUUGGACGAAACCGUUUAUACUACGAAGUAAAAGUGAACUCCUCGGCGGAACCAAUUCAACUCAGUCCCUUUACAAACCUUCCGAUGUUCGUAUUCAAUAUCCUAUCAUGAUGGUCGGCGCUGUUUUCAGUCUCUCGGCACUGGGAUUCCUGAUACUUCAUUACACUGAACCUUAUGUUAAACCCUUGCCCAAGAAAACCGUUAAAAAAGCUCCAUCUCAUGUUGAACAAUUUGAUGGUAAACGUUGGCUCAAAUGGUUAAUCAUAAUCAUGAUGUGUUUCUUUACCCAUUCAGCUCAAAGUGUUACUGAUUUAAUUGGUGAAAUGGGUCCAUCGUUUGCGGUCAAAUCACCGCUUAAAUUGCCGAACGAAAGUGGCCCGACUUUGGUAUCAAUCUUCUGGGGCUUUUUCACCGCAUAUCGAGCAAUUUUCAUAGUCCUUUUAAUGUACACAUCGGCGGACAAGGCCAAAAUUAUCAACGUUCUCCUUUUAUUGGUCUCUAUUGUCGUUCUUGUACCUCAUGCUAACACCGAUAAGUCCAGUCUCUAUGCUGGAAUCAUCUUGUUGGGUCUUGGAAUGUGUCCCAUUUUCGCGGCCACUUAUGGUUCGCUCACCCGCUAUUUCUCAGUCACUUCACGAAUGACCGCCGCCUUUUUCAUAUCUACUUGUGUUGGUCAUCUCAUCUAUCCCUGGGUGGUCAGUAAAUAUAUCUCAACUUAUCCAAUCAUUUUCCUUUACUGUAUUGCCGGUCUCGUAGUUUCGACCAGUAUACUGACCACAAUCAUACCUUUUAUCGGACAAAAGUACCUACAAUAUGCAACCGAACAACGGGAAAAUGAAGAGGCCAAAGCGCAGCAAACUAUGGCCACAAUUGAAACGAUUCGAGUCAAAUGAAUCUAAAUUCAUGGUGACAAUUAACUUGAUCGUUGAAACCAAAUCAUCAAAAAAAUUUAUCCUUUUCUUUACAAAAAUUGUAUAUGAUGAUUCUGCCUCUUAAUUGUAAAAAAAGUACCAAAUUAACUUUUCUAAUUGAUCUAAUUUUGUUUGUAAAUUUAUCCAACAAUCAACUGUUAACAAAACAAAUCAUUCAGAAGACAAUUAAAUACUAGUGCUUAUGUAAAGUCUAAUUGUCAAUCAUAAUCAACUCUUGAUGUUCAAACCAAUUGCUAACAAACUUAAACAUUUUCAUCUUGACACUAAUUAGUUUUAAUUACAAUUAACGAUCAUAGUGAUGCCCUCCUUUGUGAGAAGAUGCAAUUAACUCAAGAAGUUGCGGUUUCUAAUCAACAAGAAUCUUGAUUUCUAUUUACGUAGUUAAUUUGAUCAGUUUUUCUGUCAACAAUUAAGUAAAUCAUGUAACAAUUUAAUCACUGUGGUCUUUUGUUUAAUUGUCACAAUUAUUUCAAUCUUUUAAUUUUCUUAAAUUUUUUGGUAAAAUUUACUGUUGAUUUAAAUGUUUCUGUGCUUGAGAUGAAAUCAAUCAAAAGGUAACAAUUAGCCAAAAUUAACAUCUCAUUGUAAAAAUUAUUGAUUAAACUAAUUGUUGUUUAAAUUAUUUACACAAUAUGAUUACUUUUACACCUAAAUGAUAACUUAAUCUAGUGUAACAAUUUAAAUACAUUUGGAACAGUCAAUCCGAUAAUUUAACCAACAACAAUUAAGAAAAUGAACUGAACAAUUAAUCAUGUGACCAUUUCUCGUCAUUUAAUUACCUAUCUGAUUAAUUGUUUUUUAAUAAUCAGUUAAUUUACUAUCUUAGUUAUCUACAAUUAAUGUUAACUAAUAAUUAUAUUCUGACUAACUGUUGAUUAAUAGGAUUCAUAUUGUAUUACAAAGUUGAUGGUAAUAAUUAAAAUAUUGAUUGGUUAUCGUCUUAAUUAUUGUUAAGGAUUUCCUUUGAUACCCAUGAGAUUAACUGAUUGUUCAGUUAAUUAUGAAAGUGAUUAAAAAUGUGUUGUGAUUGUUAAAACAAUUAUAGAGUUUGAAUCCAAUUGAUGAUUUAUGAUUGUUGAGAAAACAAAACUAACAGAAACUUAAUCGAUCACAAUUAAUGCUCAUAAACAAAUUGUGAUUAACUUAUUACAUUGAUCAUUGAAAUAUCAACUCUGUGUAAUUAAACUUUGAUCUAUUGAUGAUUAGAUAAGAUUUACUAUAACAACACAAUAAUAAUAAAGUAAAUACUAAUCAUCGAGUUAAUUGUAAUGAGUAAUCAAUUAAAAACCCAAUAUGUGUGACAAAAAUUCAAUAAACUAUUAUUAUUUUCUGAUCAUUGGUCAAGUUUUUUUCAAUUCUGUCAUCUGUAACAAUAAUUAAUCAUCAUUAGAUUAGACUGUUCAAUCAAAUCACAAUUUUUACGUGAAUUUGAUUGACUUAAUCAUUGGGAAUCACAAUUAAAGUAGAGGGAGAGUUAGAGUGAGAGAGAUGUGGGAAAAAGUGAGCUAUGGUCUGGGAAGUAAUCAGUUGCCAGAGUUUCGUUGAUUAACUAAGUUAAAUUAUUAUUUAAGUUCCUUGUUGUCUUCAUUUUAAAUCACUACAGUUAACUAAUUAACUCCAAUCACUAAUUAAUAACCAAAGUAAUCAACAAGAAAUAAAAAUGGGUGGUUUAAUAAUUACCUUGAUUAUUCUCGGUGUUUUAGUGAUCUUCGGUGCUUGUGUUUGGUGUAUCGUUCGCUGUUUAUAUGAUGUGGCCUGUUGUACGUGUAACUGUAUAACUUGUGGCCAGUGCGGAGAUUAAGCUGAUCCGUUAAUCCGGUUGAUCGUCAAUGGAUUAAAAAAAGACGAAGAUUGUGUUAACACUUUCAGUGAAAAUAAUAUCCGAUCAUCAUAUUUACACCUUAAUUAUUUGAUAAUUUUACAAUUAAUCUUAAUUUCUAUUGUGCUUCUCAACUGGAUUAAACUUCGAAAUAAAAAGUUAAUCACUAAAAUAAUUAAAUCCAGUGAGAAUAAGCUUCAAAACGCCCAAUAAAAUGUAUCAAUUUGUAGCAAUCUUAAACAGUUCUAAUCUAAUUCAUCUAUUGAUUUUCCCUUCAAAAUGUAACAAUUAGUAUUACUAAUAAAUCCUUAUGUGAUUAAUCAAUUAAA